UCUGGAGCUUUCUUUUUCUGAGCAGCAGCACUGAAUCGCUCCUUUUUUUUUUUUUUCUUUUAGAAAAUUAUUUUUGAUAAUUUUUUCCCCUCACCCUUUUAUAGCUUCAAGAAACUGAAAGGCAUUAUUUACCCUCAAUGGAUUAAGGCUGCCUCUUAUUUAUUACACACAUUUUUCUAUUUUUUUUCCCUUUAUUUUUAUUUUUUGGGGGGGAGUCCUAGGCUUAGGCAAUUGCGGUGGUGAACAUUUUCAGAUUUUUCCAGAAAUCAAGCAGAAGAUUGAGCUGCUGAUGUCAGUUAAUUCUGAGAAGUCGUCCUCUUCAGAAAGGCCAGAGGCUCAACAAAAAGCCCCGUCUGCUCCUCCUCCUCCCCCUCCUCCACCUCCACUUCCAGAACCAGCACCACCCGAGGCAGAGGAGGAAAUUCUAGGAUCUGAUGAUGAGGAACAGGAAGACCCUGCCGAUUACUGUAAAGGUGGCUAUCAUCCUGUGAAGAUUGGAGAUCUGUUUAAUGGUCGCUAUCACGUUAUUAGAAAGCUGGGAUGGGGUCAUUUCUCCACAGUGUGGCUUUGCUGGGACAUGCAGGGCAAAAGGUUUGUUGCGAUGAAGGUGGUGAAGAGUGCUCAGCACUACACAGAAACGGCUUUGGAUGAAAUUAAGCUUCUCAGAUGUGUACGGGAAAGUGACCCCAGUGACCCAAAUAAAGACAUGGUGGUGCAGCUUAUUGAUGACUUCAAAAUCUCUGGCAUGAAUGGCAUACAUGUCUGUAUGGUAUUUGAAGUUCUUGGCCAUCACUUGUUAAAAUGGAUUAUUAAGUCAAAUUAUCAGGGGCUUCCCAUUCGAUGUGUAAAAAGCAUAAUCCAUCAGGUCCUUCAAGGCUUGGACUACCUGCAUAGCAAAUGUAAAAUAAUCCAUACAGAUAUAAAGCCAGAAAACAUCCUGUUGUCUGUUGAUGAGGCCUAUGUCCGUAGAAUGGCCGCUGAAGCAACAGAAUGGCAGAAGGCUGGUGCACCACCCCCUUCUGGUUCAGCAGUGAGUACCGCUCCUCAACAGAAGCCAGUUGGGAAGAUAUCUAAAAACAAAAAGAAAAAACUAAAAAAAAAGCAGAAGCGGCAAGCGGAACUUCUUGAAAAACGACUUCAAGAAAUUGAAGAAUUGGAGCGAGAAGCAGAGAGAAAAAAGACAGAAGAAAAUGUAUCUUCGGAUAUUCUUUCAAAUGAGCAGGACUUGGAAGGCCAGCCCGAGGCCAAGAUGAAAACAGUAUGUCUAGAUGAUGUGGCUGACGAGGAGCCUGCCAAUGAAUAUGGUAUUUCCUCAGAAGGAGAAGACCACGACGAGAAAGAAGACACUGAGAAGGAAAAUGUUGAGAAAGAUGAGGAUGCCGAGCAGGAAUUGACAAACACAGAUCCAACAUGGAUUGAAUCUCCAAAAACUAACGGCCAUCUUGAAAACGGUCCUUUCUCUCUAGAACAACAAGUGGAUGAAGAGGAGGAGGAUGAGGAGGAUGAUGACUGCCCCAACCCAGAUGAGUUUAAUUUGGAUGAAUCAAAUGCAGAAAGUGAUUACACAUACAGUAGCUCCUAUGAACAAUUUAAUGGUGAAUUGCCAAACGGACAGCAUAAGAAUAAAGAAUUACAGUUUUCUGAGUUUUCAGCUUCGAUGUUUUCUGGGCCUUUAGAACCAGAUGCAACAGAGUUAGGCGCAUCUGAGGAUUGUGCUGCGACGGAAAGAGAUGUGGGUAGCUCCUGUCGUGAUAGAAGCAGGACCGUCUCAGCAUCGAGUACUGGAGAUUUGCCAAAAACUAAAGCUUGUGCUGCAGACCUUCUGGUGAACCCCUUGGAUCCAAGAAAUGCUGAUAAGAUAAGGGUUAAGAUUGCUGAUCUUGGAAAUGCCUGCUGGGUGCAUAAACAUUUUACCGAGGACAUACAGACCAGGCAGUACCGGUCCAUAGAGGUGUUGAUAGGAGCUGGUUACAGCACCCCUGCGGAUAUCUGGAGCACCGCCUGUAUGGCUUUUGAACUAGCAACUGGUGACUACCUGUUUGAACCACAUUCCGGUGAGGACUACUCCAGAGAUGAAGACCACAUAGCACACAUCAUAGAGCUUCUAGGCAAUAUCCCAAGACACUUUGCUCUGUCUGGAAAAUAUUCUCGGGAAUUCUUCAAUCGCAGAGAUCACAUAGCAUUGAUCACUGAACUGCUGGGAAAAAUCCCUCGAAAAUUUGCUAUAUUGGGGAAAUAUUCCAAGGAUUUUUUCAACAAAAAAGGGGAACUUCGGCAUAUUACUAAACUAAAGCCCUGGAGUCUCUUUGAUGUUCUGGUGGAGAAGUAUGGGUGGCCUCAAGAAGAUGCUGCCCAGUUUACUGAUUUUCUGACGCCGAUGCUAGAAAUGGUUCCAGAGAAGCGCGCAUCUGCUAGCGAGUGCCUCAGACACCCGUGGUUAAAUUCAUAGCAGCAGAUAUUCCAAGCUUGAAAUCUUGCUCCGUUGCUUUGGACCUAAAUGCUGACUGUCACAAAAUCUUUAGUAGGAAUAUCAGUGAUUUGGCUUCUGCCUCUGACCGUUUCUUUUCAGUUUGAAGUCCUCCUUCUCUGUUUUUGUUUUUAUUUUGCUUGGUGUGCGCUGUGCUCAAUGGAAAAGUUAGCCUCUGUCUUCAGCUAUAUAAAGCUUUACUGACCCACUCUUUUUUUCUGGGGAGGGGAGAAAACACACAAAAAAACAAAAAAAAAAUCUGUUCUUGUUUUUCAUGUUAUGUGGCAUUCAGCUGUCCAGUUUCUGAAAAGGAGUACAUUUUUUCCAUGUCUGCCAGAUUUUGUAACUAUUUAUGAAGAUAAGUUUUAGCAGAUGGUGGGUAAAUCCAUGGUUUUGAAAUGAAUACCAGGCCUGGUUAUAUGGGUACUGUACACUUUUUACCCUGAUUGAGGAUUACCAUUCUUGUACUAUAGUGUAUGUACAUUCACUUUGUAAAUGUUUCUUUUCAUUGAGAGCCUCACAGUGCCAAGAGGUGAUAUAUUCUUCAGCCCUCUUGCACCAAAAGGUUAGUUACAGAAAAAGGGGAUUUGAAUUCCAAAGCAGCUCUAUCUUUUCUGAUUUGUUUUAGGAUGCUAUGCAUGUAAUGAAUUUCCACUCUUAUCCAGAGGUGUGUAAGCAUUUUGUUGAAUAAAAAGCUGCUGUUUA